CUGGGGUUGCGAAUGAUCGUGAAUCUUUGCGCCCCAAUAUGUUGUACAAUAAAGUCGAGAUCAAUUGUUGUGCGGCGCCUGUACGAACAGACAGGCCUGUGUCACUGGUCCACAAAAUUAAAUAUUCAAUUGCUAAAGCAGGUCGUAACCCGAACGUCAGUGAAAUAAGUGAUGAUUGCUGUCAAAUUUUUUUUUUACAGCGACUGAUUGUCAACAGGCUUGUGUUUUAUGUUUGACCUAUUUUUGGGGAAGCAGCAUGCAUGACUGGCGAGCCGCGCUAUAUCUCAGGAAGUGUAACUGCACGAAGUGCGCAUGCCCAGCAGCUUGUAGGGAUGUAUUCGACUUCGUAAAAACGCUGGGCCUUCGGUAGGCUACACUGGGAGGAUGGCACAAACCGAGGUGACAACGGUCUCCAUGGGGGACCUGGUGGUGGUGAAGGCUACUGAUGAAGAGAAUGGUGAUGAUGAGGACAGCAACACACAGGUCAUCCUCCAGCUACAACCAAUCACAGCAGGUAUGGAUGAGUCAGGAGAGACAGACACAGCUGUGGAGGCAUACCCAGAAGAAGCCACAGUUGAUGGGGAGGAGGUAGAGCUGGGUUAUCCCAUCACAUGUGGAGAGUGUAAAGCUGUGCUGCUGGUCAAGAAGUUUGUCUGUCCUGGAAUAAACGUCAAAUGUGUCAAGUAUGAAGACCAACUGAUCAGUCCCAAGCAGUUUGUCCGCAUGUCUGGGAAGGCUACACUGAAGGACUGGAAAAGAGCUAUCCGGAUGGGAGGGGUCAUGCUCAGGAAGAUGAUGGACUCGGGGCAGCUAGACUUCUAUGAACACAGCACUCUGUGCACCAACACGUGUCGUAGUACCAAGUUUGACCUACUGAUCAACAACACACGCUUCCCCCCUGAUGGCAGCGGACUCACCACACCCAUCUCCUCACAAGCCCAGGUGGUGAUAGGUAAUGGUGGCCAGGUUGCCAUGACAACAGAGGAGCGGUCAGAGAUUCUGACCGGAACAGUGGAGUGGAGUUCAGGGGCUGUAGCCAUGGAGACAGAGAAGAAGGAAACCAGUGAGAUAUCAGAGGAGACGUUGAACUUCUGGAAAGGCAUAGCUGACGUGGGCCUGAUGGGGGAGGUGGUAGACAACAUCAGGACAGAGCUGUUGGAGAUGCUGAGAGGAGUGCAGCUACGCAGCGAGCAGGCUGCCCUGCAGGACGCGGAUUCCUGUCUGGUAGAGGUGGCAGUGUUGAGUAACCUGGCCCAGGUGUUUGGCCUGCUGGACUCGGUCAAACACAUCCUGAACGUAAGGAGAGAACAGACUGACCCUGGAGAGGAGCAGGUCAUUAGCACACUGACCAACCUGGAGCUGCAGCUGGAGGAACAGAGACGACAGCAGCACUUCAGAGCUCAGCUCUGCCACCCCCAGCCCCACAACAACAUCAGUCACACCCCAGGAGGCAAACCCACUAAGCCCAAGGCCAAACGACCUCGCUUGCAGCGGCCAGCCUCCACCACCCUCCUCUCCUCUUCCCUCUACCAGCCCCAGACAGCCACCCUGCAGCCCCAGCAGUUCACUGUACUUUCCCCCAUUUCAUUCUCUUCCAUGGGCCAGCCCUUCUCCCUGUCCGGCUUGUCUGGCCUGUCAGGCCUCUCCAUGGCCACGCUGGGUCAACAGAACAACACGGUGACCCUCCACACCCUACCCGCUGGCGCCCAGACCUUCACCCAAUACAUCACCACCAUGGUUGGGGCCGACGGCAAGACAGAGACCCUGACCCUCCAACCGUCCCAAGGGCUGACGCUGGUGGGCACCACCCUCCAGGACCCAAGUCAGCUGGGAGGAACCAUGAUGAGUCCCUUGGAGCUGGUCCAACUCACCCAGGGAGAGGUGACCGUCAGUGGGGAGAUGAUGGUUGAGCAGCCCAUGGGCCAAGUUGUGGAGAGUGGGACAAUGGUACUCCACCAGGAGGGGAUGGUACAGGAGGGAUUGGUGGAGGGAGUAGAGGACAAGAGCCAGGCACAAACGACCGUGACCGAGAUCGACCCUGCACCGGGCGACCAGACCAUGGGGGCGGUGAUGGAGCUACAGCUGGCCCAAGAAGGAAAGGCUGAGGUUGGGGAGGAGGGUUUCGCCAUGGUCGUCCAUGGUGGGAUGGAUGUGACCAUGGUCUCGGAGGAGGGGAAGGGAGGGGAGGGAAUGGUGGUUCAGGGGGAGUCAGAGAAUGCCCAGGGGGAUGUUCUCGAAGCUGGGCAGCAGAGCCAGGUAGAGGGGGUAGAGCUGGAUGCUAACGGGCAGAUCUCAUGCCUAAGGAUAAUGGUGAUCGAGGAGGAGACUCAGGAAGAGGACAAGGCUAAAUGACCCAGCUCUGCUCUGCAGACAGAGACAAUACCCUCUCCUCUCCAUGUUGCCAUGUGAGACAGUAGGGAUGGACUAGCCUGGUUCCAGAUAUGUUUGUGCUGUCUUGCCAACUCUCUGUGACUGAUCAUAAGAGCUGGCAAAACAGCACAUACAGAGGGUGGACUCAUAGAUAGAACAUAAAAGAGCAUGCAGGCAUACUUGUGGUGUGAGUAAGUGUUUGGAGUAUGCUAUUUACACAGAGAGCUGCCAAAGACCUAGCCUUCUUAAGCUGUGGUCCUUAGCAGCUAGGUAUUUUGAUACCUUAGCAGCUAGGUAUCAAAAUGACAACGCAGCCAGGCACGGUAUCUGAUGUUGUUUGUUUUGUAACAUGUGUGUUACCCUUUUGGUGUGUGUGUGUGGCUAGAGGUCUACUGUGGGAUGACAGCAACAGUUCUAAAACAAUAAAGUCUGCUCUAUAUUUUUUUCAUUAAAUAGAAAGCAUACCACUCCUCCGCUGUGCAGCUUUUGGGAUGAAGUCUUUUCUGCAGUUUUUGUAAAACAAAACAAAGAUAAUUUGUUGAGCUCACUGUUGUCAGUUCUGUGAAUCGACACUUAUUGUACUCUUCACUGGAAGCCUUUUAUUUUCAAGAUUUGCAUAAUUUUUCACGUGAUUGUCUGUAUGGUGAGAAAUGCAGUAGAUGUACAGUAUCAGUCAAAAGUUUGGACACACCUACUCAUUCAAGGGUUUUUCUUUAUUUUUUUACUAUUUUCUACAUUAGAGAAUAAUAGUGAAGACAUCAAAACUUUGAAAUAACACAUAUGGAAUCAUGUAUUAACCAAAAAAGUGUUAAACAAAUCAAAAUAUAUUUGAGAUUCUAGAAUAAUAGUGAAGACAUCAAAACUAUGAAAUAACACAUAUGGAAUCAUAAUCAAACCUUUGACUGGUACUGUAUAUGCAAGUUCCAUAGAGAACAACACAUUUCUCUCCAUUGCAAUUUCUUUCUCUGUUUAUGAUGUUUAGUGUGUGGUUAUUUUGCCUCACAUGUUUAAUAGACAGAAAUGGACCUAAAGUUAAAGUAUGACUAAGAUGGUUAUUUAUGUAAGUCAAAGUAGAAUAACAGGGUCUCUAAUGUCAAGCUGAACAAAAUGCUGUUAACACUUUAGGAAGGGGGUAUACAUACGGCAUUCAUUACACCUUUACCCAAACCGCUGCCCAGCCUAGAACAAAUAACAAAAGUUAUUACUUUGUUUUCUUUACUCAUAAUAACAUGCAGAGUUCCAUUAUCCUGAUCGCUUUCAGACACAGAAGUGCGGUGUUGAGACAGAAAUUAAUAAAUCCAUUCAAUUAUUUUGGUCAAUGAAUGUGAACAAACUUGCAGGGUAUUUAUAGUUAACUAAUAUAUCUGUAAUGGCCUGUUCUAUAGUUAACUUUUCAAGCCUUGAGUAAACAGGUUAUUUCCAUAAUGACUUUGUAAUGUGUUUUAAUAUUAAAAUUAAUAUUGGUG